AUUAGCUACAAUACAUGACGUUAUUUGAAAUGCACCACAUGAAGUGUACAUGUGUCUAACGCUCAGAAAACCGUGAACUAAUUUCAGAAAUCUCCAUUUGCUUCAAUUAGAAUACAUGUUAGGUUUCAAGGUUUCAUUUCGUUGCGGUUAUUCUAAUUGUCAUGAAUGCAGCACAUGUGACGACUCACGGGAUUGAACACGGCAGCCAUGGCAACACACGGCAGCUGACAGCUGGACACAUGAACAUAUUCGCAACUUUCUCCCAAACUUUUCAGCUGUUUAUUUGAGAAAUAUGGUUAUUAAAACUUGCUGUGAAGUAAGUUAUAGUCUUUAAAUGUAGCAUAGGUUUGACAGGUAGCGUUGACACAAAAAGAACGAGCGUCAUGCUUAAGUGAGAUUACCAGUUAGCUAGAAUGCUAACUAAGCUGCUAGUUAGUUUGCUUCUCAUUAUGUCAACAACGUGAGCUUGUAGCCACACUUUACCACCGUUUGCUCGGUUGUUAUCUUGCCGAUUUGUUCGCUACUAUGUCCGGGGAGAGAGCUCCUUUGCCCGGUGGGGGUAACAGCCUCCUCCUGGGGAACCGGACUCGGUCUUACGGUAGUUUGGUCCGGUCUCCUCUCUCUCCGGUUCGCCAGAGACGCAUUGAACACAGCAUUCAGCCCGGAGAAACACUGCAAGGCCUGGCCCUGAAAUAUGGAGUUUCUAUGGAGCAAAUCAAAAGAGCCAACAGGCUGUACACCAAUGACUCCAUAUUCCUGAAGAAGUCCUUAUCAAUCCCUGUGCUGUCAGACUUGGCCCACUGUAGUGACGGGGGGGAUUUGUUCGAAGAGGACGGCGCUGGCUCGGUCUCCAAACAAAACGGGCACACGAGGAGCCCUUCAGAGAAGAAGCAGAGCGAUGGCAGAGAAAGAGCGUCGGACCUUACUCCAGUGGACUUUUUGAAAAGGUUGGACGACUUGAUAAGUCAAUCCAAGCAGGCGGCGGUGAGAGGAUGUCAGGAGGCAGAGAAAAGGGUGGCCUCUAUAGAAGCAGCUUGCAGCAGCGAGGCCUCAGACUGUCGGCCGCUCACCAGGUCGCAGAGCGCCUUCUUAUCUCCCACAACGCAGCAGGCAUCACAUGCGGCCGUUCCCCUCACUAUCACCAAGCUCACCAGGAAACUGAGAGACAGGGAGGAUGAGAUCUUCCAGCUGUGACACGUUGUUCCUGCACUCUGAUCAUUAAAGAAGGAUUUGAACAUUUCAAAAAGAGGAAUAUAUCUCCAGUCAUCCUGCUGCUGUAUGCCAUUUUUUUGUUGAACUUAUAAUAGGAAGUUACACUGUAUUCAAACCGUUUUUUAAAACAUGAAUACUGCUUGUUAUGUAGCUUUCUUAUUUAUUUGUUGAGAAAUACUGUAUGUAAAGCUUCAUAUGGCCAAUAGCACAAACAUAUCUUCACAAUCAGGAAACAAGAGCGUGAAAUGUUAGAAAUGAGAAUGCAGUCACAAGUUGCUUCGGUCAUAUGGUCAACUCAACGAUGUGUAAUGCUACCUCACCGUCUGAUAAUGCAGCGUUGGGCGAGUCUUCUGACUAAAGCCUUUUAGCCAUAGUUCAUUUAUGAAUCAUGUUCCCUGUGAAAAUUGUCACCGGUGAAGAAGCUUAGUCUAACGUAGCAAAGCUUAGUCUAACGUAGCAAAGCUUAGUCUAACGUAGCAAAGCAUAGGAAACAGACUUGUGUUUCAGAAUAUAUUUUGAUAGCAAUCGUUUUAUACAUUUUCUUUCAGUUUUAUAUACAGGCCAUGUUUUUUGUCGAGGUCUUAAAAAAAAAUAUAUAUUGACACCUUGUUCAAACUUUCUCAAGUAAAUGUUUUUUAUUAGAACUUAAAAAAAAAGCUUUCUGUAACUUAAUGGUUGAACAAAUUUGAUCCACAGAAACGGUAUUUUCGCAGUUAAACGACAUUGCAAUAGCGCAUAAAGUGGAGUGUCUCAUUGGGGCUGGAUUUGAACCUGUUUUGUUGAUUUUAUUUAUGUCUUGGUAACGUAAAACCAAAGAACAACACUUGUCUUAAUCUCAGCCAACGCCUGUGAUCAACUCUCCAGAAUAACACGAGUCAUAGGAUUUAACAUUAAGCUCUUCCUGUCAACACCACUUAGCCAUCAGUCUCUUUGUUAAUGCUGCUAAACAUGUUUUGAAGCUGCAAAGUGUUGGUGUAAGUAAUUGUCUACUGCGGGGUUAUUUGGCUUUAUUAUUGGCUUCCGGAAGCUUUGGGAAAUACAGUACAAUGAAGCGGCGUCUUCACCACCAGAUGGCAGUGCUGUAUUACAGUGGCAUUGUUCCCUCUCUGUCCUCUCUAUGCAAUAUUUCCAGCUGCUAGCAUCUCUCCUGAAUACCCAACAUCAGUAGUUCUCAAAGAAACAUUUCAAGGUCUCAAAUAUCAAGCAUCUAAUGACAUUUCCUUAUCUAAUAAAACAGCCGAUACAGUA